AUGAUGGAACUUGCUGAGAUAGUGAAUAGUAUAUUAUUUGAUAUGCUUUACUCUGAAGACAAUACUGACAAUGAGCAAGAAGAUUUGCCUUAUGAUGGAGAUCUACAACAUAGAGAUCAAUGUAGUUGUGAUUCACAGAAUUUAGAAGAAUUCAUUUCUGUAAAAUAUGUCUCCCCAACUGUUUCCACAUUGACAUCUUCUAUCAGCAACCUGUCAAAUGAAAAUUCAGACUGCCAAAAGCAAUUGUCUCAAAGGAAAGUAAAUGCGGUGCUAUUGACAAACAAGAAUGACGUAGAAUUUGCCAUGACAUCAGGAAAGGAAAUACAAUUUGGCGGUUUUACCAGUUCAGGAAGAAAUGAAGAGUUCUCCAACUCAAAAAUGUCAGAUGUCCUUUUACGUCAUUUUCCAACAGAAGACUUCACAUACCAAUUAAUUGAUUCUGAGACUAUCCCAGAGAUAUCGCUUACUGACAGUUUUGAUGAAACAGUGCUAAUAAAAAAUAAGAGUUCGGAAAAUACAGGGAUAUUUCGCCCCAAAGAAGAAAUGAAGAAUAGUGAAAGGAAAGUAAGUUGUAACUUAGUUGUCAAAAAUUGGGAUUUGACUCAAGAUAAGCUAUCUUUAAUAGAUGAGGGUGUUAUUGUUCGUAACAGCAAAUACUGCAACAUGGAUGACUCACAAUUUCUAAUCCAGAAGGAACCUGGAAGACUUAAUGAAGACUUAAAUUAUACCUCUACCCACAAAGAGUAUCAAAAUCAACAAUACUUUCUGGAUAACACUGAAAAUUUUCAUAAUCCCCAAUGCAAUGAACACCAGGUUUAUUAUAGACUUCACGAUUCCUCUGAGACUUCUCCAAAAGUCAAAGAAUUAAAAAGAAGUAAUGAAAGCUUUGUUUUUAAAAGAACGAAAUCUUCCACAAAUUUGCUUGGUAAAGAUGUGCUAGAAGCAUUUACAUUUUUGGAAUCUGAUACAAUCAGAAAUCAAGAAGACGAAAAUGGAACUUUUGAACUUGAUCAACAGCUGGAGGUGCUGACAAGACAAGCUGAGGUUCAAAAUCAUAUCGACCAUCUAAGAUUUAAUAGUCCUAAGAUACCUCCUUGUUCAAAUCCACAUACAGCAGAACUUAGUAUUGAAGCACAAAGUGCUGGAAUAGCUUCCAAAAUGUCUGCCUUUUCUCCUGCAACCAUUCCUAUGGAGCACAUGUUUGGUUUUUCCCAAGCCCCUCAUCCAGAAUCACGGUCUAAAAAUAUAACUUCUUCAUUACCGUUAGUUGAUGCAAUAAGACAACCGUCUGCGAACACUCCUUUUCUGCAAAAUAUAACAGAUGAGACGGAACAGAUAUUAAAGAAACAAACUGAAGAGCUGAAAGCAAAUGUUGAAAUAUUUUCUGAGUGUAUUAAACAGAAUGUAUUCUCAGUACAAGAACAUUUUCAGUUUUUGCAACUUUUAAAAGAACAACUGGAGCAACUGGAACAUAAUUAUGUAGCCACCAGGGAAAAGCAUUAUGCUUUGCAACUUCAGAACCAUAAGCAUUCAUCAAGAACUAUUGGAAAAUUUGAUGCUAACAGAAAAGUAGAAGGGGAAAUAUUUAAACUUGGGAUGUUCCUUGACGAUAUCAAAGAGAAAAUUGAGAAGACAUUCGCUUCAUAUUCCUCAACAUAUAUAACAUCACCGUCACUCACAUCCCCCCCAUCUUCUAUUUGUUCAAGCUAUUCUGCGAGUCCUUUGAUUACAAGUACCAAUGAACCUCCAAAAAGAAAUGUUGCAGGACUAAACAUUCCCCAAAAUGAGAACUGCUGGAAGAAAAAAAACCAUCCUGUAGAAGGAACUCCACAAAAGGCAUAUAAAAAAUCUAUACAAGGCCACAGCAACCAUCCAUCCCAGCAAAUUCCUCUAGAACUGCAGAAGAAAAAUAUCCAUUUAAAAACAAUGUCAUCUGGGGACAAAGCAAGACAACAAACAAAUAGACAUAUUCUUAUAAAAGAAUUUGACCAAUACCCCAGAUCCCAUAAAACAAAACAGAAUUAUAACAAUGAACAAGAAAACACAGAUAGGAAUUUAAAUGAUCUUCAAAUAAGAUCUUCAGUUCUAGAAAAUUUAAGCAGCAAAGAAUCUAAUGAGGUUGAUUUCAGUUUAUUGAAUGAACAAGAACCUGUAAUAUUUUCCAUAGGAAGAUCAGCUUUAGAUACCUUUGAGAAAGUGAGACAUUCUACUGAUAAGUCUAAAAUUAUUAUUCAUCCUACAUUGAAAAUGCAGUUAUCAAGAAAUAAAAUAUGCUCCUUUUAUUCUAAUAGAAAUAAAACAACAGAAUACAGAAAAACAACACAAGGACAUUCUGAUUGUGAAAGAUUUCCAAUCUUCUUUGAAGGAAAACCAGAUUUAGAUGUAACAGGUAAUGAAAUAGAAGACAUUUCAUUCUGUGACCUACGAGAAAGUUCAUCUAGUAAAGUUGACCUGGAACCUCAAAUUAAACCUCCUGGAUCAUGGAUCCAUCAUGGACACAAAGAACUAAAUAAAGUUCUCCCCAUUACGGGCAUAAGACGUGAUAUUUACAAAGUGGGUUAUCAUACAUGGAAUGUACUGUAUGAACAUUUUUUUUAUUUUCUUAUGCUCUGUCUUUUUAGACAGAAUCUAUAUAUUCCCCAAACUCGCUAUUCAAAGAUGCAGGAUAACAUUAUCCUUUCACCACAGUACCUCUCUGGUAGCAAUAUUAAUGGAAGGAAGUCAGUCAGUAAUAGAAGAAAAAGACGAAGUAAAGACAUAAAUAACAUGAUAUUAAACUGCACUUUGGAUAAUGCUAUACAGAUGGCAAACAAUUUGAAGACAACAACAGAGCUUAUGAUUCAAGCUGUCUCAGAAGAUUUAGCCAAAGUCAAAAUUCAGGCAUUAUCCAGUGGAACAGCUCAUCAGUACUGACAGUGUAUUUUGGAGACUAAUAAACUAUAUCUAGAAUAGAGGUAUUCCAUGCAAAAUUAAAAUAAGACUACUGGAAAAAGAAAC